UCGGCGGAGAGGAAAAGGCCCAGGCUUUGUUAGGAGUGAGGUGAAAUGACGAGGGUGGACAGAGGAGGUCCCCACUCCAGGUAGAAGGUCCCCAAAUAAUCCAGCUCCACGUCUGCUGUCAGCCCCGGAAGCCCCUGUGUGGCGGGGCUGGAUGUGAUGUCCACCGACGUCCGCCUGGAGGGCUGAUAGAGGCGAGGCCAUUGGUCUGAGGGGCGGACUUCACGUCGGCGGAGGGGAGAGGGCCCAGGCUCUGUUAGGAGUGAGGGGCUCCAGGAACCCACGGUGAGACCUUGGUCUGAGGCAGUGUCCUCAGAUCACAGAGCAGAGGAGGCCCACGCAGUGCCAGAAGUCAAGGCAUGUGAACCCCUACCUACACUCCUGCCUGCUGCUCUGAUCAAAGCCAUCAUGGCUCCACCUUCAAAGCGUCGGCGCUACAUGCUUGAAGAAGGUCUUUGGUCCCAAAGUAAGACACAGGGACUCAUGGGUGCACAGGAUCCCUCAGCUGUGGAGGAGGAUACUUCCUCAUCCUCCUCUACCUGCUCCUCCUCUUUUCCAUCCUCUUUCCCCUCCUCCUCUUCCUCUUCUUCCUCCUGCUAUCCUCUAAUCUCGAGCACCCCAGAGGAGGUUUCUGAUGUUGCUGGGGCACCAAGUCCUUCCCAGAGUCCUCAGGCAGCCUGCUCUUUCCCCACUGCUAUCACCUCCACCCCAUUAAGCAAAUCUGAUGAGGGCUCCAGCAACCAACAAAAGGAGAGUCCAAGCACCUCGCAGGUAGUGCCAGACCCUGAGUCCUUGUCCCGAAAUGAGAUAGAUGUAAAGGUAGCUGAUUUGGUGCAGUUCCUUCUCUUCAAGUAUGGAAUGAAGGAACUUAUCACAAAGUCAGAAAUGCUAACCAUUGUCAUAAAAAACGACAAGGAGAAUUUCCCUGUGAUCUUUAGUGAAGCCUCCGAGUGCAUGCAGCUGGUCUUUGGCAUUGAAGUGAAGGAAGUGGACCCCACUGGCCAGUCCUUCAUCCUUGUCACAAACCUGGGCCUCACCUAUGAUGGGAUGCUCAAUGAUCCUGAGAGCAUGCCCAAGACUGGUAUGCUGAUACUUAUCCUGAGCAUAAUCUUCAUGGAGGGCAACUGUGCCCCGGAGUCGGUCAUCUGGGAAACACUAAAUGUGUUAGGGCUGCAUGCUGGGAGGGAGCACUUCAUCUAUGGGGAGCCCCAGAAGCUCCUCACCCAUGAUUGGGUCCAGGAAGGGUACCUGGAGUACCGCCGGGUGGCUGACAGUGAUCCUGUAUGUUAUGAGUUCCUGUGGGGUCCAAGGGCCCAUGCUGAAACCAGCAAGAUGAGUCUCUUGAAGUUUUUGGCCAAGAUCAAUGGAAGUGAUCCUAGAUCCUUCCCACUGUGGUAUGAGGAGGCUUUGAGAGAUGAGGAAGAGAGAGCCCGGGCCAGAAUUGCCCCCACAGGUGAUACUACUGCCAUGGCCAGUGCAAGUUCUAGUGCCACCAGCAGCCUCUCCUACCCCAACUAAAGUCAGGCAGAUUCUUCACUGUGUUUUAAGAAGGAAGUCAAAUUCUGCAUGAUCUCACUCAUAUGUAGAACCUAA